AUUACGAUUCUUUCCAAGCAAUGGAUGCCUUAUAAAUUUGCUCUCCUGUCGUGGGGUCAUCUGCAGAGACCAUUUGAAACCUGAUUGAGAGAUAUAAUUAAUCUAGUUGUAACGGUUAACAAUGGCUAUAAUGGGCCAUUCUGGGAUGCUGGUUUUGGCAGUUUUGGCAUUCAUAGGCUUUGCUCAAGCGGAUUUGCAGAUGAAUUUCUAUGCCAAGAGCUGCCCCAAUGCUGAGAAAAUUGUGCUGGACUAUGUCCACAAGCACAUCCCUAAUGCUCCAAGUUUGGCAGCUGCCUUGUUAAGAAUGCACUUCCAUGAUUGCUUCGUCAGGGGUUGUGAUGCAUCAGUUCUUUUAAACUUCACGGCUGCAUCUGGUAGAGCAACUGAAAAGACAGCGACUCCGAACCUAACGCUAAGGGGAUUCGACUUCAUCGACACAGUGAAAAGUUUGUUGGAAGCUGAGUGCCCUGGCACAGUUUCCUGCGCAGACAUAGUUGCCUUGGUUGCAAGAGACUCCAUUGUUACCAUUGGUGGGCCUACUUGGAAAGUUCCAACUGGGAGAAGAGAUGGAUCCAUAUCAAGUGCCCAAGAAGCCUUAAACAACAUUCCUCCCCCAUUUUUCAACUUGACCCAACUUAAAUCAAAUUUUGCUAGUAAAGGACUUGAUGUUAAAGACCUUGUCUUGCUCUCUGGAGCUCACACAGUUGGAAUCGCGCACUGCCCAUCAUUCUCCAACAGACUGUACAAUUUUACCGGACACGGAGAUGAAGAUCCAUCUCUAGAUAGUAAAUAUGCAGCAAACUUAAAGGCUAGAAAAUGCAAGACACCGACUGAUAACACCACCAUUGUUGAGAUGGACCCAGGCAGCUUUAGGACAUUCGAUCUCAGCUACUACAGACUUCUCUUGAAGAGGAGGGGUCUGUUUCAAUCUGAUGCAGCUUUAACAACAAGCUCUACCACAGCUGAGUAUAUCAAUGAACUACUUCAAGGAUCGUUGAAUUUCUUCUCUGAGUUUGCCUCUUCCAUGCAGAAAAUGGGAAGCAUUGAGGUUAAGACUGGAUCUGAUGGAGAGAUUAGAAAGAAGUGUGCAGUGGUGAACAGUUAAUGACUUUUUGUUUUCUUAAUUGUUUUUAUUUUUGUGGGUUUGGAAGUUUGAUUUUAGUGUAUGUGUUGUAUUUUGAUUACGAUCAGUUGCAUGAAUAAUGUUUCUUGUAAUAAGGACAAGAUGCUAUUAAAGCUUAUCUUAAACUUAGUUUGUACUUUGCACCAGUUUCUUAAUUUGUGAAGGAAGAUAGAUGUAAUAUUCACUAAUUUUCCACUUCCAAAUAGUAAUUUUCAUGGACUGCAAGGUGGAAUUGCUUAUAUAUAA